GCCAGGAAGAAGCAAUUUAUUGCACUUUGGCUUUUCUUCUUCAAACCCGAUCCCAAAAUCUUCCCCCAAGCCCUUGACUGACGGCGCCCUCUUCCGGCCUCCCGCUCCCCACGACGCCCGGCGUCCCUUUAUCAACGGCACCGUCGCGUUUCCGUUUUCCUCUUGCCGCGCCCCAAUUCUGCUCAUCUCCUUCAGUUAGUGGACAUCUUCGAUAGCUCUGCUAGAAUUGCAGCCUUACAGCUGCUUCUAGUUGCGCCCUACCGUUUCUCUCGAGCUCUGGUGCUACGGGUUUGUACUGAUGGACAGUGAUGUUGAGGAGUCGCUUAAGAAAAGGCAAAAGAAGGUUCCUUUUCCAGGGGACUCUUCUCGUCGGGGUUUCACGCAAGAGGAAGAUACUCGUUUGGAGUCUACAAGAGCUAGAUUUACAAAUCUUCUCAAGAGACAUGGGGAAUUGGCAGAACGUCUUUCUAGGGAUUCUGACAAGAUGAUAUUCGAACGCCUACAAAAAGAAUUUGAAGCUGCAAGAGCAUCUCAAAAACAAGAAGUUUAUCUUGAUGGUGAAGAAUGGAAUGAUGGGCUGUUGGCAACUAUAAGAGAAAGGGUUCACAUGGAGGCUGACAGGAAGGCAAUGGCAGCAGAAUCUAAUAAUAUGACGACUCAACAUUUUGAAGAGAAAAUUACAUAUAGGGCUGGUAAUAAGGUCAUUUGUUGCUUGGAAGGGGCAAGGAUUGGCAUUCAAUAUGAAACGUCUUUUGCAGGAGAACCUUGUGAGGUAUAUCACUGUGUGCUUGAGAGUCGGUCAUUUCUUGAAAAGAUGACGGUCCCUGAACAUACUGUUCCGUUUUUUCUGCCUAUACGAGAGGCAGAAAAUGAUCUUCUUUCUUCCAAUGCUAUGGCAAGUUUUUCCAGUUCUAGAUUUAUAGACUUUGUUGGAGAACUCCUGCAGUCAUAUGUGGAGAGACGAGAGCAGGUCAGGCUUCUUAAGGAGCUGUAUGGAGAUCGAAUUGGGGAAUUGUAUCACAGCCUGCCCUACCACAUGAUAGAAUUUGUUCUAGAUGAUUUUGAUUGCAAAAUAACCGUAAGUCUUAGAUACUCUGAUCUUGUUGCUGUACUUCCAACUCGGGUGAGAGUGUUCGCAUGGCCCAUAAACCAAUUCAAGAAAAAUGCAGCCACGGGAAGCCACUCUAAUCCAAGUCGCCUAUCGUUUGCCGAGGACGCUAUGCGAAAUAUGACAUUGCCAGAAGCAUAUGCGGAGAUGGUGCUGAACCUGCCACAGGCUUUGCAGCAGAUGGUUCAGGAUAGGAGCCCUUGUUAAGUCGUGUUGACAUUUAUGACGAAAGGAUCGGAGAAAGUGUACAAAAGAGAGCAGUGUUUAACGUAUUAGACAUGUUGUGAAUUUGGUGCUGGGUCUAACUGGGUUAUGUACUUGUGUAGGGUUAGAGGCUUAGAGCUGUUAUUCGGGAUGUAGCGAUUCAGGCAUUUUUCACUCAUCACUAUGAAAUUUGAGAAAUGUUUAGCUCAAUUCCAAUAGUAAUAUUUUCCUGCUCUGUCCUUCUGUGUUAUAUCUGUGCUGCAAGGUAUCCAGGUAAAGCUGGCCUGUGUUUUCAACUUGGUGUUUAUUUUGGUAGAGUAGCGUGCUAUGCAAGAA